GAGAGAGGCGCCCGCACUGAGUUUGUCCCUCCGCGACCACCGUCGCCCGGGCAGGCGCCUGCCGCGCGCGCCGCCCGCCUCGCUCCCGCGCGCUCCUCCACCCCACGCCGUGCGUGCCUUGCGUGCCUUGCGUGAGCGUGCGCGGGCGCGUCGGCCGGCAAGGGAGCAGCAAACGGCGGGCGGCGGGCGGCGGGCGGCGGGCGCCGCGCGGGGGGCGGGCGGCGCGGAGGAGGCGGCAGUGGCCAUGGCCGAGGCGUCGCCGCAGCCCGGACGGUACUUCUGCCACUGCUGCUCGGUCGAGAUCGUGCCGCGCCUGCCGGAUUACACCUGCCCCAGAUGCGAGUCUGGUUUUAUUGAGGAGCUUCCCGAAGAGACCAGGACACCCCAUCCUCCCAGGAGUACAGAGAAUGGUUCCGCCCCCUCCACAGCCCCCACGGACCAGAGCAGGCCACCGUUUGAGAACGCGGACCAGCACCUGUUCACACUGCCACAGGGCUACGGGCAGUUUGCUUUCGGCAUCUUUGACGACAGCUUCGAGAUCCCCACGUUCCCCCCUGGGGUGCAGGCCGACGAGGGCAGGGACCCUGAGAGCCGUCGGGAGAGAGAGCAGCACUCCCGGCACCGGUAUGGCGCCCGGCAGCCUCGCGCCCGCCUCACUGCACGACGGGCCACCGGCCGGCACGAAGGCGUCCCCACGCUGGAAGGGAUCAUCCAGCAGCUGGUCAAUGGCAUCAUCACUCCUGCCAGCAUCCCCAGCCUGGGCCUGGGCCCCUGGGGUGUCCUGCACUCAAACCCGAUGGACUACGCCUGGGGGGCCAACGGCCUGGAUGCCAUCAUCACGCAGCUCCUCAAUCAGUUUGAAAACACGGGCCCCCCCCCAGCAGACAAAGAGAAGAUCCAGGCCCUCCCCACCGUCCCCGUCACCGAGGAACACGUAGGCUCCGGGCUGGAGUGUCCCGUGUGCAAGGACGACUACGGGCUGGGAGAGCGCGUGCGGCAGCUGCCCUGCAGUCACCUCUUCCACGACGGCUGCAUCGUUCCCUGGCUGCAGCAGCACGACAGCUGCCCCGUGUGCCGGAAGAGCCUCACCGGACAGAACACGGCCACCAACCCCCCGGGCCUGAGCGGCGUGAGCUUCUCGUCCUCGUCGUCCUCGUCGUCCUCGAGCUCGCCGAGCAACGAAAACCCAGCGGGCAACUCGUGAGCGCGCCGGCCGGCCUCCAGAGAGGGCACAGGACCUGGGCCUUGCCAGGCCCGGCGGGGCGGGGCGGGGCGGGACAGGACAGGGGGCGGCGCGGCGGGGCUGGAGCCUGGAGGUACCCCCGCCUGCCUCCGCCCCCGCACCACCCCCGCACCACCAC